UAGAUUGAAAAUUAAAAAGAUGACAUUUGUUAUCGAUAAUGGUGCUUACACUGCAAAAGUUGGAUUUUCCACUGAUUCUCCCAUGAUAAUUCCCAAUUGCAUCAUGAAAGCUAAAAGUGAACGUCGUAGACCAUUCGUAGGGAAUCAAAUAGAAGAUUGUCGUGACGCAUCAGGACUUUUUUACAUGCUUCCAUUUCAAAAAGGAUAUCUCGUUAAUUGGGACAUACAAAAAACAGUAUGGGAUUACAUAUUUUCAAAAGAAUGUUGUUCAGUUAAUUUAACUCAAACUUCUGUCAUAAUAACAGAACCAUUAUUUAAUUUCGCGCCUAUUCAAGAAGCAACAACUGAAAUUUUUUUCGAAGAAUACGAGUGUCAGAGUCUUUUACAAAUAAAUGCAGCAACUUUGUCUAAUGUUAAUUACAAAACGUCUAAUCCAGAAUGCAAAGCUUGUCUAGUUGUAGACACGGGUUACAGUUUCACUCAUAUCGUACCUUAUAUUAAUGGAGUUAAAUAUAAAGAUGGCAUACGACGAAUUGACGUCGGUGGAAAAUUGUUGACAAAUCAUUUAAAGGAAAUUAUUUCUUAUCGGCAGUUACAUGUCAUGGAUGAAACUUAUGUUAUUAAUCAGGCUAAAGAGGACUCUUGUUUUGUAUCACAAGAUUUUUUCAAAGAUAUGGAAUUGGCUAAAUGUAAAUUAGAAAAUAAUUCUAUCGUUAAGGAUUACGUUCUUCCGGAUUACACGACACUCAGACGAGGGUUUCUUCGCGAUCCAGAACCACAAGGAGAACAACAAACACUUCGAUUAAAUAAUGAAAGAUUUGCUAUCCCAGAAAUUUUAUUUAAUCCAUCAGAUGUUGGAAUUCGUCAAAUGGGAAUUCCCGAAGCUAUUAUGGAUUCUGUAAAAGCGUGUGAUGAAGAAACUUGGCCAUCAUUAUUAUUAAAUAUCGUAUUAACUGGCGGCAAUGCUAAAUUUCCAGGUUUUCGUGAUAGAAUUUAUAAAGAUCUUCGCGCUUUAGCUCCUGACGAAUUUAAUAUCAAUGUAACUCUACCAGAAAAACCUGAGACUUAUGCUUGGGAAGGAGGAAAAGCACUUUCUAAAAAAUCAACAUUUAAUUCUAUGCUGGUAACAAGGGAUGAGUAUGAAGAGAAUGGACCAGCUCUGUGUUGUGAAAAAUUUAAUUUAUAAAUUUGUCUUUAGUAGAUAACUUACAAUUAUUGUACAUAAUAUUUUAAUUAACAUACUUAGUUUUAUAUAAUGUCUAUGAGUAAUAU